GACGUGUUGCACAUCGACGCUUGAUCCAGGCGCUGUACGAUUCGAGAUGGAAGUGGGCAAAAUGCAGAUGAAGCCAGUCCGCCUCAUCGUGGCGGCAUGCAACGGCUUGGGGAUCGGCAAGGACGGUUUUAUACCCUGGAAUUUACCGAAGGAGUUCAAGUUUUUCUUGGACAAAAUCUCAUCCGUAAACCAGCCAGGGAAGCUGAACAUGCUGAUCUGGGGGAGGCUGUGCUGGCAGGGCCAUCCCAAAUCGACCCUGCCUUUACCAAACACCAUCCAUGUGGUGCUGAGCAACACUCUGAGUGCCGUACCAGAGCAUGCACAUUACGUGCUCCCAGACCUGGGCAGCGCCUGCAACCUGGCUGGACAAUAUCCUCUCUCUGAACUGAUCGAGACCAUCUGGGUCAUCGGGGGGACUCAGGUCUACAAGUCUGCAAUGGCACAUCCAUGGUGUGACCUGAUCUACUUUACCGACGUCAUGGCCGAUUUUGACUGUGACGUUUUCUUCCCGGACUUUGACAAGAACGAGUUCAAAGAACAAGAAGGGUUUCAUGACAUCGAACAUGAAAUCCAAGAGGAGAACGGGAUAAAGUACAAAUUUCAAGUAUUCAAGAGAGAAAUUAAAGACACAGAGUAGAAGAACUUCAUUAAAGGCUGUUGUUUAGCGUAGAUUCACCCGCAGUUAAUACGCUCACAUUCCAGGUGACUGUAAAAGAGUGAAAGAAAGAAAGAAGAAAGCUAAAAUCCUGAGAGAAAAACUCUUUCUCACCAAACUACAGUUCAUCAGUGAAUGCAGAUUUGUUUCCUGUGUUGUUAGUUUUCUCGCGUCACUUUGAAUCUUUAUGUUGUUUAAGUUACUGUCAAA